GCUGGGCUGGGCCAGGGAGCGGAGCCGCUCCCGGUCCCGCACCGCCGGGAAGCAUCCCGGCCGCGGGGGGCAUCCCGGGUCCAGCCCGGAUCCAUCCCGGAUCCGUCCCGGGGCCGGGCUCUGGACCCGCAGGGACCCCCGGGCAGCGGCGGGGGCCGGGAGCAUCCCGGGCUUGGGGAGACCCGUGGAUCCCGGGGGUCCCCGCGGAUCCCUGAGGAUUUAUUUGUACCUGUGCAGGCUGUCCCCUCGCAGGGAGCGUUUGCCAUGGACACUGGGCACGUCAGCAGAUCCCGCUUCAGUGUGGCCUCCAGCCCGCCGCGGUGGGAGAUCGGGCUCUACGCCGCCGGCGCCCUGGCGCUGCUGGGAAUCGCAGCCAUCAACCUGUGGAAGCUGUGGCGCUCCGGGAGCUACCCGGCCCCUUCCCCCUUCCCGAACUAUGACUACCGGUACCUGGAGCAGAAGUACGGAGCGGCGUGCCCGGACAUCAGGAACAAGCGAGGGCUGGCCCCGGGCUCGCAGCGGGCGCCAGGCCGGAGCUCCUCAUCCCGCAAGAGCAGCCUGAGGGCAGAGGACACCUUGGAGAGCAUCCAGGAGCUGGGCAGCCUGGAGCUGAUGGGCAGAGACCUGGGCCUGGCCCACUGCGGCCCCCUGCGGAAAUCCAUCUCGGCCGACUCCCUCAACUCCAUCUCGUCCAUCGGGAACAACUUCGGGCAGGAUUUCACGGUGGGGCAGGUGGAGGUGUGCAUGGAGUACGACGGGAGGGCGGCCGCCCUGCACGUCACGCUGCUGCAGGGCAAGGACCUGCUGGAGAAGGAGGAGGCGCGCUUCGAGUCCUGCUUCAUGCGGAUCAGCCUGCUCCCGGCCGAGCAGAUCGUCGGCAUCUCCCGGAUCCAGAGGAGCUCCUACUCCGUGGCCUUCGACGAGCGCUUCUCGGUGCCGCUGGAUGCGGCGGCGCUGGAGGAGAACAGCCUGCGCUUCUCCGUCUUCGGCGUGGACGAGGACGAGCGCAGCGUCAGCACCGGCGUGGCCGAGAUCAAGCUCUCCGACCUGGACCUGGCCACGCGCCCCUUCAACGCCUGGCUCUACCUGCAGGACACCAACAAGGCGGUGGACACGGUGGGGGAGAUCCUGCUCUCCCUGAGUUACCUGCCCACGGCCGAGCGGCUCACGGUGGUGGUGGUCAAAGCCAAGAACCUGGUGUGGAGCAAUGGGAAGGUGACUGCAGAUCCCUUCGUCAAGGUGUACCUGCUGCAGGACGGGAGGAAGAUCAGCAAGAAGAAGACAGCGGUGAAGAGGGGAGACACCAACCCCGUGUUCAACGAGGCCAUGAUCUUCUCCGUGCCUGCCAUCGUGCUCCAGGAGCUGUCCCUGCGCGUGACGGUGGCCGAGAGCGGCGAGGACGGGCGCGGUGACAACACGGGCCACGUGCUCAUCGGGCCGGCGGCCAGCGGCAUGGGCACCACGCACUGGAACCAGAUGCUGGCCACGCUCCGCAAGCCCGUCUCCAUGUGGCACCCGCUCCGCAGGAACUAGGCCGCAUCCUGGGGACAGCGGGCCCGCAGCGGGGACUUGGUGACACCCACAAGGCCGAGCUGCCCAGGGGCACCCGGAGCACGGAGAGAGCGGCUCCGUGGGCACAUUCCGGGUCAGCCCCACACGCGCCGGGCCAGAGCUGCCAGGAAGGAGCCAAACGGACCAAAAGCAGCAGGAACGUCCCCAAACCGCGGCUCCCGGGCGUUCCGCGUGCUCCCAACGGCCUCGAAAUCCACGGAAUCCUCAGAUGGGGACUCGGGGGGGGGGGGGGGGGAUUCCUUUGGAAGGUGUAUUUUGGGUGGGAAUCGUGAGUGGGGUGACAAAAGCCAGCGGGGCGUGGGUGGUGAUCCUGAGGGGAUCUUUUGUAGUGACUUUGGUGCGCUGUGCCAGGGUUGGAAUGUUUCCAGUGAGAAUGGAAAAAGGGAGCAAUAACAGCAGAAAAUCAAUUGUUA